CCCCCCCCCCCCGGCUGCAGCGGCUACCACCGCCUGAAGGAAGGGGCCGUCCCCACCGUCUUCGAGUCGACCUCCCCCAGACCCCCCCGGGCCACCAAACCCAAGCUGUCCCCGCCCGACAGCGACACCCCAAAGCCCCCCCGGGCCACCAAGAAGUGGAGGCAGGACCCCCCCACACCCCCACCGGACCCCCCCUUUUCCACCGACGUCUCCUGCUUCCCCCGAGAAGGCGAAGACCCUGGGGGCGUCCCGGCUCUUCCCGGCCCUUCGGGCGCACGGGGUCCCCUCCCGGAUACCCUUUUGGUGGCCACAGGGGACGAAGAAGCCACACGCACCCCCUCCCUCCCCGAAGGGGUCCCCCCGGCGCCCCCCCGGCCCGUUUCACCUUCUCUCUACAUGCUCCGACUGCCGCCGCCGGCCGGGGCGUACAUCCAGAGCGAGCACAGCUACCAGGUGGGCAGCGCCUUGCUCUGGAAACGCCGCGCCGAAGCCGCCCUGGACGCCCUGGACAAAGCCCAGCGGCAGCUCCAAGCUUGCAAACGUCGGGAGCAGAGGCUGAGGCUGCGGGUGGGCGAGCUGCAGCGGGAGCGACGGGUCCCCCUCGAGGGUCGGAGGGUCCCCAAGGAGCCCCCGCCGCAGGGCGCGGAGCCGCAGGUGGACGGCGGACGGUGAGGG